AUGAAGUUUAAUGUGGAGUCGCCCAUCUGGUUGUCUAAACAGCGAAUCCUCUGCACACUCAACCAAAGCCUGAAGGAUGUGCUGAACUACGGACUCUUCCUGCCUGCGUACAACGGCAAAGCUGGCAAAUUCCUGGACGAGCAGCGCACACUGAAAGAAUACCCGCUUCCUGCAGUCUCUCCUGUCCCAUACCUGGAGUUUCGCUACAAGAGGCGAGUGUACACACAGGCCCACCUGGAUGAAAAACAGCUGUCCAAACUUCACACUAAGGCUAACUUGAAGAAGUUUAUGGAAUAUGUUCAGCAGAGGAACGUUGAGAAGGUAUCAAAGUUUCUGGAGAAAGGGCUCGACCCAAACUACCACGACCCAGACACCGGAGAAUGUCCACUGACGAUGGCGUCGCAGCUGGAAGGUUGUGCAGAGCUCAUAAAGGUCCUGAAGAAUGGAGGAGCUCACCUGGAUUUCAGGACCAGAGACGGCAUUACUGCCCUUCACAAAGCAGUCCGCACCAAGAACCACACAGCACUUAUUACGCUGCUGGAUCUGGGAGCCUCUCCGGAUUACAAGGACAGUCGAGGCCUGACUCCUCUGUAUCACAGCUCUAUGGUGGGGGGCGACCCAUACUGCUGCGAACUCCUGCUGCACGAUCAUGCUCAGGUGGGCUGCAUGGAUGAGAACGGCUGGCAGGAGAUUCACCAGGCUUGCCGUCACGGACAUGUGCAGCAUCUGGAACACCUGCUGUUUUACGGAGCGGACAUGAGCUCUCAGAACGCUUCUGGAAACACUGCCCUGCACGUGUGUGCUCUCUACAACCAGGAUAGCUGCGCGAGAGUGUUGCUGUUCAGAGGGGCGAAUAAGGAGAUUAAGAACUACAACAGCCAAACUGCCUUCCAGGUGGCUAUUAUAGCUGGAAACUUUGACCUGGCAGAAAUUAUAAAGACUCACAAAGCAUCAGAUGUUGUGCCUUUCAGGGAAACGCCUUCCUACACAAAUCGCCGGCGCGUGACUGGAGGCGACACUCUGACAUCAUCACGCUCGCUGCCUCGCUCCGCCUCCGACAACAACCUGAACAAUGUGGCAGACGCUAGCCACGCCCACUCCCCUGUGCCGUCUCUGAGGAGCCUGCCCCCUCUGCUGAUUUUGCAGAAGCUGUCUUACUGACAGAGAGAGAGAGAGAGAGAGAGAGAGAGAGAGAGAGAGACGGGAGGGGAGGGAGAAUUUGGAGGGAAGAGAGGAAGUGAGCCGCUCGCACCUGACGGCCCUGGCCGCCCGGGGACGGUCCAGCGGGACCCCAGCCCUCCUCCCAUUGGGCCCUCGCACACACUCUCAGGAGCCCGGGGCCCCAAACGGAAACUCUACAGCGCGGUGCCGGGGCGCACCUUCAUCGUGGUCAAACCAUACUCGCCGCAGGGAGAGGGAGAGAUCCAGCUGAACCGCGGAGAGAGGGUCAAAGUGUUAAGUAUAGGAGAAGGGGGAUUCUGGGAAGGGACGGUGAAAGGAAGAACCGGUUGGUUUCCUGCAGACUGCGUGGAGGAAGUACAAAUGAGACAGUAUGAUCCUCGACUUGAGACGAGAGAGGAUCGAAACAAGAGGCUGUUCAGACAUUACACUGUGGGCUCCUACGACAACUUUACCUCAUAUAGUGAUUACAUCAUCGAGGAGAAGAACGCUAUGCUCCAGAAGAAGGAGAAUGAGGGAUUCGGCUUUGUCUUGCGAGGAGCAAAAGCGGAGACACCCAUUGAAGAGUUUACACCCACACCUGCCUUUCCUGCACUGCAGUACCUUGAGUCUGUGGAUGUCGAGGGCGUGGCCUGGAGGGCGGGGCUUAGAACUGGAGACUUCCUCAUUGAGGUGAAUGGUGUAAAUGUGGUAAAAGUGGGACACAAGCAGGUGGUGUCACUUAUCCGGCAGGGCGGGAACAGCCUCCUGAUGAAGGUGGCAUCAGUCACACGCAAGCCAGAGUCUGAGGAGACGGUCAGGAAAAAAGCGCCCCCACCUCCUAAAAGAGCACCCAGCACCACCCUCACCCUGAGGUCCAAAAGCAUGACAGCUGAGCUCGAAGAACUGGCCUCUGCAAGGAGGAGGAGAGGAGAAAGGUUAGAUGAGAUUUUGGCCUCUCAGGAGACAGUACUGAGGCCAAAAGUGGAAGCAGACUAUAGAGCCGCCACAGUGAAGCAACGUCCUACCAGUCGCCGAAUUACACCAGCAGAAAUCAGUUCUCUUUUUGAGCGACAAGGACUUGCCCUUCAUGGUGCUCUUCACCCAGCGUUGGAAAAAGCCCACAUGCAGCUGCCAAAAAGCAUGGCUCGAACAAAGUCUUUUGGAGCCACCGAAGAGGAUCGACUGUCUGCCCUGGCAGCGGAGCACAGAUUUCCACGAAGCUCCUCCAUGACGGACAGCCUGAGAGACAGCCAUAGUAUCCCUCCACCUCCUCAGAUGGCUCCCCCACCUCCUCCAUCGCUUUACUAUCUAGAUACUGGACCCCCUCCUUCAUUCUGCCCACCCCCUCCCCCUGGCCGCAUUCAUGACCCCAGCCGUUCCAGUUUUAAACCAGGCUCUGAGCCGAGACUACAUGCAUUGCCUCAGACAAUGUCCGCUGAGCUGUAUGAGCCGCCUCGCCAUGCCUCCCACAUGGAGCGGCAGAAGAAAGCCCGCUCCAUGAUCAUCCUGCAGGACUCCUCCCACCUCCCUGUGGAGCCUACUGACAUCCCUAGGCCAGGUCCUGUCUCAACUCCGCCUGAGAGAAUCAAGCGGAAAGGUAGAAUCAUAGAUAACCCCUACGCCAAUGUGGGUCAGUUCAGCGUGGGCAUGUUCACGCCAACUCCCAGCAAGCCACAACGGAGGAAGAGCCCACUUGUAAAGCAACUGCAGGUGGAAGAUGCUCAGGAGAGAGCCUCGCUAGCAUUGGCAUCCAUCCAUGCGAGAGAGCACUCUCCUUCUGGGCCUCAUGCUGAAGGACUGUUGCAAGGAAAAGGACCUUUCGCUGCUGCCAUUGCUGAUGCUGUGAAAGACCGGGAACGUCGUCUGGAGGAGAGGCGGAAAUCUACAGUCUUCCUGUCAGUGGGCACUAUGGAGGGCAGUUCAGCACCACCCCCCGAGGCCCCCUCGCUCACACCAUCUCGUUCUGUUGAUGAACGAAUGCUCACGCGUGAACUCGGUCAGUUGCCUCCUCCCGCCUUGGCAUUACGUCCCUCUCCUGGGGGCACCACCUUCAUUCACCCACUGACGGGUAAGCCCCUGGACCCCAACUCUCCAUUGGCACUUGCGCUGGCCGCAAGGGAACGGGCAUUAACUUCCCAGAGUCAGUCCCCCUCAAGCAGCCCUGAGCCCAGAACUAAACAUGAAACUGCUGGAGGGGUACUGUAUAUGGAGACCCAGACCAAAGAGGCUGAGAGGUCGGAGGGCGAGGGGGGGUUUGCUUCACCUCCUUUUUCCCCUGCAACAAAAAGAAUUUACGAGACCUCUGUCCCCACCAGCAAGAUUCAGUGGGGAAGUCCCAUAUCUACCAGGAAAGAGUUAGAAACAAGGACAGAAAGAAAGGAGGAGAGAAAAAUUGAGGACAAAAAGAGUAUGAUCAUCAGCAUCAUGGACACGUCUCAGCAGAAAACUGCUGGGCUUAUCAUGGUUCAUGCAACAAGUAAUGGACAGGCCGUGGGGCCCAGUCCAGAGCGCAGUUCUCCUGGUCCCGAAGCUCCUUCGAUAUCCACCCCACCACCCACCGCAGCCCCAACUUCCCAGCCCCUUCCCAGCCCAUCCUCGGACAAAACCCUAGCUCAGGGUAGUUCUGAGGAGGAUGCCGAACCCUAUACGGUCACCUUGCCACCUGCCAUGCUCUCCUCCAGUGACGAGGAGACGCGAGAGGAGCUUCGUAAAAUCGGUGUGGUUCCUCCACCAGACGAAUUUUCCAAUGGCCUUCUUGGUAAGACACCUGAAACUGCAGUACCUCCUGCUCCCACAUUGAAGCAGACAAGUCCUUCUACCCUGCUCUCAGCUCCACCCCCUCCGCCACCCCCUGCUCCUCCAUCUGCUGCUGACUCCGGGGUGGAAGAGGUAGACACUCGAAGCUCCAGCGAUCACCACCUGGAGACAACGAGCACCAUCUCUACUGUCUCCAGCAUGUCCACACUGUCCUCGGAAAGCGGCGAGCCAACAGACACUUACACCACCCACGCAGAUGGCCAGACGUUCAUUCUUGAUAAGCCGCCAGUGCCUCCAAAGCCAAAGCUCAAGUCCCAGCUCAGCAAGGGCCCGGUGACAUUCAGGGACCCCCUGCUCAAGCAGUCAUCUGAUAGUGAACUGCUCUCACAGCAGCACGCGGCUGCACUGGCUGCUGCUGCGGGAGCCUCAGGCCCGGCCAGACCCCGCUACCUCUUCCAGAGACGCUCCAAGUUGUGGGGGGACACAGUAGAACCCCGUCCGCUUUCGGGGGCAGAGGAAGGCAAGCCCACUGUGAUCAGCGAGCUCAGCUCCCGGCUGCAGCAGCUGAACAAGGACACACGCUCACUUGGGGAAGAGCCACUUGGAGCUUCACUUGACCCCGGAAGGAAAUCACCCGUGGUCGGUCCAAGACUCUUCAGCAGUUUGGGAGAGCUCCAUACUAUCUCUCAGAGAGGCUACGGCACCACCUACACCAUCAGACCAGGCAGCCGCUACCCAGUGACCCGCCGGACUCCCAGUCCUGGAUCCCCGGACCGAUCAGAUCCUCUAGGACCCAUCCGGGGCUUCGGCCUGGCCACGUCCCCGAUCACACCGCCCACCAUCCUUAAGUCGUCCAGCCUCAGUCUCCCUCACGAACCGAAAGAAGUGCGUUUCGUCAUGAGGAGCUCUAGUGCGCGGAGUCGCUCGCCCUCACCGGCCCCUUCGCCAGGCAUGACCUCCCCGCUGCUCACCCUGCGGCCGUUCCACCAGAAACCCCUUCAUCUGUGGAACAAGUACGACGUGGGAGACUGGCUGGCCAGCAUUAACCUGGCCGAACACCGGGAUCGUUUCCAGGAGCACGAGAUCGAGGGCUCCCAUCUGCCUGCUUUGACCAAGGAGGACUACGCUGAGCUGGGCGUGACACGCGUCGGUCACCGCAUGAACAUUGAGCGCGCCCUUAAACAGCUGCUGGAGAGUUGACCACGCGCCUCCCUCUGCCUGUAGCUAGUCUCAACACGGUUUACUUUUAAUUUCCUACUUCAUUUCAUUUGGAUUUAUUUUUUUGUGAUU